AUGGAUUUACCUCCAAUUGCGGAUGAAAUUAAUUUAUAAUUAGGUGAGAAAAUUGAUAAAAAUAUAUUUUAAAAAAAUAAAGUUGUUUAAAAUUAAAUCACCUAAAAUUAAUAAUAAUAGCCCCUUCAGAAUCCUUAACAUGAAGAAAUGUUAAAUACGAAACACAAAGAAAUUAAUUAAUUUUUGCAAUCUUAAUAAAAAUAAUAACUCUCUCAGAAUUUUUACGAUAAUGAAAUUAAUCUAAUGGUGGAAUGUUAAUAAUUGAAUAAAACAUAUCCUAUUAGGGUUAAUCGUUAUCAACUAGUCGAGGAAUUAAGAAGGGAAUUUCAGGAAAUAUUAUAAACAUAAAAUGAUAUUUAGUUUCACUUCUAUUAAAUCGCAUUAGAUGGAAGAUCUUCAUUUGCAGAAUAUGGGAUUGCGAAUGGUAGUGUAAUUAAGAUGUUUGUAAUGUCCCUUGGUGGCUGUUUCCCUUUUUAUGCUCCUAUAACUCUUGCUGAUAAAUCAUAAAAGCCAAUAAGCGAAAUAAUAAAAGGAGAUCAAAUAUUAUGUUAUAAUUAUGAAUAUAGAGAAUUUAGACCAGGAAUAGUAUAAGGUACUACAAAGACUAAAUAUAAAAUUCAAUUAAUUAGAAUAGAAACUGAAACAAGUAUAAUUGAUUGUACAGCUGACAUCCAUUUUAUACUUAAUCUGGAUGGAAAGCAUUUGAACCUCACCCUGAUUUCUAAAUAAGUAAUUUAACAUUAGAAGAUAAAUUAUUAUUUGAAGAUAAUACUUUUAUUAAUAUUAUAUCAAUCUAAAAAUUGAAUUAAUUUGAUUAUGUUUAUAAUCUUCAUUUGAAAUAUCCAAACAAUUACUUAGUAUUUGGAUUUCUAGCUCAUAAUAUGAAUAUCAUCUAUGUUUAAAUAAAUGGGAAAAAUUUUAAAAUUGAAUAUUUUCCAGAAAUGCCAAUAUAAUAAAUAAAAGUAUUAAUCUUUAAGAAGAUGGGUAUUCCUAUAGAAAAUCAAAAAUUGUACUAUUAAGAUAUAUUAAUGGAAGAUGAAAAAACAAUUAAAGAUUAUAAUCUGAAUUAUGAGAGUGAAAAAUUAAUGGAGGUUUUGUUAGAUGUAAGUAUUGAUAAGGAAAAAUAACAAUAAUAAAGUACACAUAUAACUUCGAAUUCUAAUAUAAUAUCAGUUGAUAUAAUUACAAACGAGUCUAGUUAUAAUUUAUUAUUAUAUAAAGAUAUUGAUUUGAAAUAUUUGUAAAAGAUUAUUCGAUAAUUUGAAGACACAAAUAAAAAAAAGCUCAUACUGAUUGAUGGUUUAUUGUAUAAAUCUGAAUUUGAUGAUAUAAGAAUAGAUGAACUACCUAAAAUUUAGUAAAUUUUAUUGCUCUCUAAAGAAGAAGGAGGAUUGAGUAUAAGCUUUUAUAAUGAAAUUUACAAUAUAGGGUUAAAUGAAUUAUCAGAAUUAAAACGAUAUUUAUAAUCUCUGUAGUUAAAUUUUAAUGUAGAUUAAUACUUAAAAAAUACAAUAGAAUAGAUAAAUAUUGAUUAAUAGAAAUAAGGUAUUUAUUAGAAAUAUAAACUUCAUAAUUUAAUUGCUCUCAAACUAUGGACAAGCAAUCUAUUAUAUAGAUAAUUAAAUUGUGAUUUAAAAAAUAAUUCUUAUGAAAAAUGGAAAAAAUAUCUAAAGUGUUUAAUUGAAGGUAUAAAAUCAUCUUAGUACUAUAGAGGAAAGGGUUUUAGAGGAAUAAAACAAUUUUAAGAUGUUCAUACAUACUAAAUAGAUAAAACUAUUUAAUGGAGAGAUAUAUAAGCUAUUUCAUUAAAAGAAGAAGUAGCCUAGAGAUUUAGUGAUAGGGAAGGAAUGAUAUUCGAAAUUGAAAUGAUAAGUUCUAAAGAUAUCUCUUAAAUUUCAGUUUAUCCAAAUGAAUAAGAGGUUAUAAUGAUGCCAUUUUCUACUUAUAAAGUAUUAGAAGUUAUAUAGGAUUAUAAUCAACCAAUAUUUGUAUCAAUGAGAGAGAUACCUUUUGCAAAAAAUACUAACUAUAUAGUACUAUGGGUUGAUGAUAAUCCAGAGAACAAUUAUUAAAUUGCAAAAAAAAUGUGA